AUGAGAGACAACGCGCAUCAUGAGAUACUGGCAGCUGGUGCCGUGGCUGCAUUCACGGUUGACAUGCUCGUGUACCCGUUGGAUACAAUUAAGACGCGGUAUCAGAGCCAGGGCUACCUUGGUCUGAAGAGUAAUUUAUCGUCCACGAGAAGAGCACCGUACACAGCCGUGAGGGGACUGUACCAAGGGAUUGGAAGUGUGGUCCUCGCAACCCUCCCUGCCGCCGCGGUCUUCUUCGCCAGUUACGAGUCAACUAAGCCCCUUCUCAGGCAUGCCUUACCAGACAUAGUCCCGGGCCCAGCCAUCCACGCCUUUGCAUCGGCCGGCGCUGAGAUGGCUUCCUGUCUCGUCCUUACGCCGGCCGAGGUGAUCAAACAGAACGCUCAAGUACUACAACGAUCAGGGUCGUCUUCCCUCGGCCGAUCCUCCUCCUUACAGGCUCUUCGCAUGCUACGUCGCAGCGGGGCCGGUGUGACACGGACGCUGUGGAGAGGAUAUACCACGCUGGUUGCUCGGAACCUGCCAUAUACAGCGAUUCAGUUUCCCAUGUUUGAGUAUCUUCGGGCUCAGAUUUGGAGACAACGGCAGGGUCACAGUUCCAAGAUAGCGCCAUGGGCCACUCUGGAACCAACAACGGGUGACGAAACGAGUGUAGCAGCGCACGCCAGCUCCCGCUCUCUCCUCGUCGAGACAGGGCUAGUAACGGGGAGUGCCGCGGCCAUUUCUGGGUCUCUUGCAGCAACCAUAACGACACCGGCAGACGUUGUUAAAACACGGGUGAUGCUCGGAAAUAGGAACGGCCCACAGGGGCCGGGCAGCGUGGUAGAAAUUGUGAGGACGGUUCUCCGUGAGAACGGAAUCCGAGGUUUGUUCCGAGGUGGCUCGUUACGUGCGGCAUGGGCGGCGCUCGGGAGUGGGCUCUAUCUGGGCUCGUACGAGGCAACAAAGGUUUGGCUGAAGCAUCGGUCACCUUAG